GGUGUGUUAUGGUAUAGAAUAACACAUUCCAUUAUCUGUUAUCGUAAAACUAUCUAAGACUCCAAUUUGAAAGCUACCAAAAUAUCAAAGUAUUGUAGUCAUCCUUCAAUCGCAUGGUAAUAUGGUUGAAUUAAGGUUGUAGGAUGAUUAUUCUGUAGAUUAUGGUUUAAUUUCAAAACAGUUAGAUAAUGACGAGGUAGCCACUGUGAUCGAAAUGAAAAAGAAUCCACGAAUUCCACGAACAUAUGUAUGCGAUGGAUUUCCGUCUUAAAUUCGUUUGAAUGGUCGCUGUGGGGACGUCACACUCGUUAAAUCUUAAAUCAAUUUUGUUGAGAUCGUAGAUUGAUCUUUAUGAGCCACGUUGGCGAAUUCGAAAUCUGAAAGCCCUGCAGUAAAAAGAUGUCGGUCAUCUUCAAGAAAGGCGUAUGCAACUCACAGUAUAAUAGUUGGAGUCUCCGACCAUGAGCUUGAAAUAGGGCCUCAAGGUUUUAGAAGUAGAAGGGUGUAAAGAAAGUUGAUUUUAAGCAGUUAGAGGAACACUGGAAAUGGCUGGUUUUGGCAAUAGGGUAAUGGUGGCAGCAAAAUCAGGUGCCAUAGCCCCCUGGAUGGGGCUGGUGGCUGGAGUUUGUAUACAGAUUUUAGCAGGAAAUCCAUACAACUUUCCUCUUUAUUCCCACAAAUUGAAAACUGUACUUGGGUACAAUCAAUUGCAGCUGACCAACCUGGGAGUGGCUAAUGAUAUUGGAGAGAACGUGGGUCUUCUUGCUGGCUUUCUCUGCAAUAAGAUUCCACCAUGGUCCAUUCUUUCGAUUGGAGCAGUUGCAAGUUUUAUUGGGUAUGGCGUAAUCUGGCUUGUUGUCAGCCAAACUAUCAAUCCUUUGCCUUAUUGGGUGGUGUGGUUAGCACUAUGUCUUGGUACAAACAGUGCAACAUGGUUCAAUACUGCUGUUCUUGUCACCAAUAUGCGAAAUUUCCCCUACAGUAGGGGCACUUUAGCGGGCAUUCUGAAAGGUUAUGUUGGACUUAGUGCUGCUGUAUAUACAGAAAUUUACAUUGGAGGUUUUGAGAAGGAAUCAGUGAAGCAGCUGUUUUUUCUUACUGUGGGUAUUCCUGCUGCUUGUCUUCUUUUAAUGUAUUUUGUUAGGCCUUGCACACCAGCUUCGGCAGAAGACUCAGAGAAGCAUGGAUACUUCACCUUUAUCCAAGCUACAAGCAUUGUUUUGGCAUUUUAUCUUCUAACAACUGCUAUUAUAGAUGAUGUUUUCUCCCUAGAUAAAAAUUUUAUCUCUAAAAUAUUUUUGGGCUUAACGUUUGUCCUCCUUCUGACACCAAUUGGAAUUCCACUCAAGCUCACAUUUCUUGCAAUCAGAGAUGAUCAUCACAGAGAGCCCCUUCUAGGUACUGAAGGUAAUGGUUCUACCUCCAAAUCUGAUGCAAAUGAAAACUUGCCACAGAAUCCCUCAAGUGAAAAUCUUCUAUCAAGUAUGCCAGAUGAGAAUGAAAUGGAAAGGGAAAAUUCAAAUAUGAACCUUUGUGUAACACACCCAUCGUUUACAGAAGACUCAGAAUGGGAUACAGAUAUUCUUUUAGCAGAAGGAGAGGGAGCGGUUUGCAAAAAAAGAAAACCAAGAAGAGGAGAAGAUUUCAAACUGCGUCAGGCACUUGUGAAGGCUGAUUUCUGGCUUUUAUUUUUAGUCUACUUUUGUGGUGUAGGUUCUGGUGUUACAGUCCUAAAUAAUUUAGCACAGAUUGGUAUUGCUGAAGGCUUAGAUGACGUCACCAUUUUGUUAUCACUGUUUAGCAUUGCUAAUUUUAUUGGACGCCUUGGUGGUGGUGUAGUAUCAGAACAUUUUGUCAGAUCAAAAGCAAUACCGCGGACAAUCUGGAUGACAGUUUCACAGACAAUAAUGAUUGCAGCUCAUAUUUUAUUUGCAUCAGCUAUUACAGGGUCCCUUGAGAUUGGUUGUGUCCUUUUGGGUAUAUGCUAUGGAGUUCAGUUCUCUGUUAUGGUGCCCACUGCUUCUGAACUUUUUGGGCUUAAGCACUUUGGAAUGAUUUACAAUUUCCUUACCAUAGGGAACCCAUUAGGGGCUUUCUUCUUUUCAGGCCUGCUUGCAGGCUAUAUCUAUGACAUAGAAGCUGCAAAACAAAGUUUUCUAUUAAGAACAUCAGACAUUGAGUGUCUAGGCAGCAGUUGCUUCAGGCUCACUUUUUUUAUCUUGGCGGGGGUAUGUGCUGUGGGUUCUCUUUUAAGCAUAUAUCUUACAUAUAGGAUAAGACCUGUUUAUGAAAUGUUAUAUGCGGGAGGUUCUUUUAGCAUUCCAAGGCACGAUGAUCCUCAGCAGCAAAAGUAAGCCUUUAUAAAUUUCACUCUUUAGAGAUCUACUGAUGUUCAGUGGUAUGCUUUUACAGAGUUCAUAUUGGUUUGGUUAUAUACAAGAAAAACAUGAUAAUGAAUUGUCCUACAUUGUUGCUUAGUAAAAUUGGGCUAAGAUCUGAGAAAAUUACACAGUUUUAAGCGAACCUUAUUUUGAGAACUUAAAUUGCUAAGGAUCAAGUGUAUUCUGCAGUUCAGAGCUCGUGUAUUAAAUGCUCUUAUAUUUAUUGUGAUGCAUAUUGCUGACAGUGAAGAACAAAAAAAUUAAAAAUGUUUUACACUAGUAUUCUAUUUAGUGGACAGGAUGUGACAUCCUUUAAUCUACCACA